AUGCCCAAUUCACCAUCUCGUUCGCCUUUCAACUUCUUCGCCGACCUCGCGAGGUCCCCGACACGCCCGCACUCGCCGCUAAGCCCUCAGACUGGCCGGCCUCUCCUAGCGUCAGCCGCGAGCGCGAGCAUCCUGCGCUCCGCCACUAUUUCACCCACGCCGCCGGCUUCUCCACUCUCGCGCUCGGAUGCGACGUCGCCCGGCCGCCAUUUCUCGUCAGAAGCCAGCUCGCUCACCGCCACCAACCCUGGCUUUGACCCCCGCCGUACCGCUUUCCACGAGGAGCCCUAUACGCUGAGCCCGGAAGAUGGGCCGUAUGGGUACUUUCCCAUGCGGCUUGGUCAGACGCUGCGCGGUGGUCAGUACAAGAUCGUGCGAAAACUCGGAUACGGCACCAACUCCAGUGUGUGGCUCGCCAAGGAGACAAUGCCUGACGGGCAUCGCUAUGUCGUGAUCAAAGUCUUGUCGGUCGUCGCCACAGAUGCCGAAUACGAUGAUCUCUAUUACGAGGCCGCGGUCGCAAAGAGCAUGUCUACUUUUCAGGUGUCGGACCUAGCGCAUCCUGGCUAUAGGCACUGCGCAAUAAUCAAGAGGUCUUUUACCGAAGACAGCGCACACGGUGAACAUCUUUGUGUGGUUUUUACUCCUUACGGCGCAUCUUUGCGUAAUAUUCUCCAGACUUCCCCGACCUGCCACCUUCCGCUCUCCGCAGUGAAGACGGUCACGAAGCAAGUCCUUCUUGGCCUCAGCUUCUUGGAAUUUAAGCUUCAAAGGGUGCACACAGGCCACGUAUGCACCUCAUACCCACUCACGUGCAUCGCAGAUGUCAAGUUAGCGAAUAUCCUCGUCGAAUUGGAUACUAGCACCGAAGAAAUCGAUCGCUUUCUUGCGAACAACCCGCCGCAGAUCUAUGCGGACUCGCCCCCGAUUGACCCACGCGUAUCGCCACACCCUAUACCGGCCGUACGGUCGCAGCCUCUCCCCAACUUUGGCUUGGACUCGUCGUAUGCGAACCUGCACGUCCGUCUCAUCGAUUAUGGUACCAUACGUGCGGAUGAUAUUCGCCCGGAUACGUUCAUCUGCACACCAACCGAGCUGCGCGCUCCAGAGAUGAUACUUGGACAUGCGUGGUCGUACCCCGUCGAAGUUUGGGCCGUUGGCUGCCUGGUUCGUGCCGAGAGCUCCGCUUCAUCAGCAUUUCCCUCUCGCACCAUGGACGAAUACCUGGCGAUUCUCUACGAUCGUCUUGGGCCUCUCCCUGUGGAUUUCGUACAACGCUGCGCGAACGGUCGGCGCAAUAUUGAUCACCAAGUCGGUGGGAGUCAAGACUCCCUCGAGAGCAGAUUCGCGAUGUUGUGUGAUGGCCUGAGCGCGCAGGACAUCAACGCUACCUGCCGUUUCUUGCGCAAGUGCUUGGCGAUUGACCCAGUGGACAGGCCAACGAUCUCUCAGCUAUUGCAGGAUGAGUGGCUCACCACCUGA